UCGUAGCUUGUCUUCCUAACAGCUGUUUGAAGUAGGUAGUAAUAACACUACGUUUGUUGUUGGGACUUUCCGAUCACUUAAGGCUUACUGUAAACUGUUUACUCAUGUUAUUGGGUGAAAACCGUGUACUGCUCACAGACGCACUAACGUUGGAGCCCGUAGGGAGUUUAGGUGGGUUUUGUCAAUCUGCCUUUAGGUCUUGCUCUCUCUCAGUAUGCGGAACUCCCUGCAGACUGGUGAUGAUGAGGAGGAUGUUGUGAAGGAGGCAGGUUGUAACUGACCAAGCCACCCGUUCAUCGAGCAGGGAGGAGGCGGACACACUUUCCACAUCGUUUGUGUCGCUGCGAGGACUGAAUAACAAUAUUUUAUAGAAAUCCUCCCAUGCCCUUGAUGAUAACCGGUCUCCCCGGAGAAGUAAGGCUGAAUCCGAACCAACACCGCCGCCUGCCUCUCUGCGUACCCGGGGAGGACACCCUCCACCCAGGCCGUGAGCAGCUGCUGGCUCCACUGAGGACAUUAGCGGCUAACCGGCUAAUGUAAGCAGGUUUGACUCUGUUUCAUUGAACCAUCAUGAUGAUAAUCAAGGAGCUGCUCUGCAACUUUACUGCUGAUUUCUCAUGGUUGUAAUGGAAAGACACCACUGACUCCAGGGAACUUAAAUCCUAGAUGCCGUGACGGACAAGACGUGGUAAAUCCAAGAUGGAGAAAAAGAAAAUGUGCCCUCGCCUCCUCGACUACUUGGUAGUGGUCGGAGCAAGGCAACCAAGCAGUGACAAUGUGGCCCAGACACCUCAGCUUGUCCGCCGCUACCCGCUGGAAGACCAUCCUGACUUUCCACUGCCACCAGAUGUGGUGUUUUUUUGCCAACCGGAGGGCUGCCUGAGUAUACGCCAGCGUAGGGUUAGCCUCCGCGACGACUCCUCGUUUGUUUUCACUCUGACCGACAAGGACUCGGGAAUCACCCGCUAUGGAAUCUGUGUCAACUUCUACCGGUCUUUUCAACGAGGACAUCACCGUGCUCGCGGGGACAAGAGCGGACACACAGAGACAACAGGAAAGGCAGCUAGUGAAGGGUCUGAUGGCAGCGGUGGAGGCCAGCCCCCGUCAAAAUCUCCUGCUAAAAAUGCUGAGUCUCUACCUGCCUCAGGAGAGGAGAGUGGGCAACAAGGUGCCGAACUUAACACUGGCAAGUCCCCACAGCACAGGAGAAAUGCUGCCAAGAUGGCAGCCAGGAACCGCAACAGCACACUGACCUCAUUGUGCAUACUCAGCCACUACCCCUUCUUCUCCACCUUCAGGGAAUGCUUAUAUAUUCUCAAGAGACUGGUGGACUGCUGCAGUCAGAGGCUAACCCAACGAGCUGGGCUGCCUCGUGCCACCCAGAGGGACACCAUGUGGCGCGUGUUCACUGGGGCGCUGUCGGUGGAAGAGAAAGGCAGCCAGCUGCUGGCCGACCUGCGAGAGAUUGAAUCCUGGAUAUACAGGUUGUUGCGGUCGCCGGUACCAGUGGCUGGUCAGAGGCGUGUGGAUGUGGAAGUUUUGCCUCAAGAACUCAAACGAGCACUCACCUUUGCCCUCCCUGACAACUCUCGCUUUGCCAUGGUUGACUUCCCCCUGCACCUGCCCUUAGAGCUACUGGGUGUGGACGCCUGUCUGCAGGUCCUCAGCUGUGUCCUGUUAGAGCACAAGGUCAUCCUUCAGUCUCGGGAUUAUAAUGCUUUGUCUAUGAGUGUCAUGGCUUUUGUGGCCAUGAUCUACCCUCUGGAGUACAUGUUUCCCGUCAUCCCCUUACUGCCAACAUGCAUGGCCUCUGCUGAACAGCUCCUUCUCGCCCCCACUCCCUACAUCAUAGGUGUACCAGCUAGCUUCUUCCUCUACAAAGCAGAUUUCAAAAUGCCAGAUGAUGUGUGGCUUGUGGACCUUGACAGCAGCAAGGUUGUAGCACCCACCAAUGCCGAGCUUCUCCCACCUCUUCCAGAGCCUGAAGGAGGCGAGCUGAAGAAACAUCUGAAACAGGCCCUGGCCAGUAUGAGCUUGAACACCCAACCAAUUCUGAACCUGGAGAAGUUUCAGGAAGGUCAAGAGUUGCCCCUGCUCCCACCUGGACGAGACAAAGCGUCGCCAUCCUCCACAGAGUUCAAUCCUCUUAUUUACGGCAAUGACGUUGAUUCUGUGGACGUGGCUACCAGGGUUGCCAUGGUACGGUUCUUCAACUCCCCAAAUGUCCUCCAGGGGUUCCAGAUGCACACUCGCACAUUGCGCCUCUUCCCUCGGCCUGUGGUGGCUUUCCAGUCAACUUCUUUUCUGGCGUCAAGGCCACGGCGCUCUUGCUUUGCAGAUAAACUUUCUCACACCCAGGCGGUGGAGUACUACGGAGAAUGGGCUCUCAACCCUUCCAACCUAGCCUUUCAGAGGAUACACAACAAUGUGUUUGACCCUUCCUUAAUUGGGGACAAGCCAAAGUGGUAUGCUCACCAGCUGCAGCCGGUGGUCUACAGAGUGUUUGAUGGAAGCUCUCAGCUGGUUGAAGCUAUGGCUGGUCCUCUGGAGGACGAGGGCAACGAUUCUGACCCCACAGACAGUGGUAGUGACAGUGAGGCGUAUGAUGACUCCAGCUCAUCCUAUUCCUCACUUGGAGAUCUCGUGAGUGAGAUGAUCCAAGGAGACAUCCAGGGAGACACACCAAGCUUGGACCCGCCUACCCAUGCAGCUCUGGGAGAUGCUAGUGAGGUUGAGUUUCAAGACUUUGAGGAGUUCAGGGAAGGACAUGGCUCUGGGCCAUCCAGUGGGGACGGACCACCUGAACCUUCAGAUGGACAACCUCUUCGCUCAAGCUCCAGCACAACUGCAAGCUCAAGUCCCAGCACAAUUAUCCAAGGGGUUAAUAAUGAGCAGGGGGACAUGCCUGAACUUGAAGCUUCAGCAACUGCAGCUUUACAGAACCCUGUCCCCGCAUUGGCCAAUCAGCCGUUCCUCAGACCUGCAGCUGAUACCGGCCUGGUGGACCAAUCCAACAAAAAGCAGGAGUAUGAUAACCCAUACUUUGAGCCUCAGUAUGGCUUCCCCUCAGAGGAUGAUCCUGAUGCAGAGGAGCAAGUGGAGUCAUACACCCCUCGAUUCAACCAGAACCUCAAUGGCAACAAGGUACAGCGUCCUUUGCGUCCCAGCAGUCUGAGGCUCCCUGGAGAGUCUGAUGGAGAGGGAGACUCGCGCAACAGCUCGCCAAAUUCCACCAUUUCCAACAGCAGCAAUGAUGGACUCGGAGGACUCAUGUCUUUUGCCAGCAACCUUUACAAAAACCACGGCACCAGUUUCAGUCUGUCCAAUCUGGCCCUUCCCAACAAGGCAGCAAGGGAGAAAGCAACACCUUUCCCCAGUCUUAAAGGCGCUCGAGCACCUCGAGCACUUGUGGACCAGAAGUCCUCAGUAAUCAAGCACAGCCCAACGGUGAAGAGAGAAUCGCCCUCUCCUCAGGGUCGAGUCAACAACACGAGUGAGAACCAGCAGUUCUUGAAGGAGGUGGUGCAGAGUGUUCUGGACGGUCAGGGAGUUGGCUGGCUCAACAUGAAGAAAGUGCGACGCCUGCUGGAGAACGAGCAGCUCCGUGUCUUUGUGCUGUCUAAACUAAACAGAGCUGUGCAGUCUGAGGAGGACGCCAGACAGGAGAUCAUACGUGAUGUGGAGGUGAGCAGGAAAGUGUACAAAGGCAUGCUGGACAUCUUGAAGUGCACAGUUUCCAGUCUGGAGCACUCUUACACUAACGCCGGCCUCGGAGGGAUGGCCAGCGUCUUCAGCUUAUUGGAAAUAGCUCGCACACAUUAUCAAACCAAAGGGUCUGAUGGAUCAAAGCAGCAGCGCGCCCAUGUGACCGAUGCAGAGGAGAAGAAAUCACAGAUCAGUGCUGACAGUGGGCUCAGCGUCACGUCUGGAUCGCAGAAAAGUGACACAGAGUCUGUAACAAGCUCGGAGCCACCAGUCCUGACGAGGAGCACCAGCCAGGACUCAGAGGCCAGCACAGUGAUAAGCAAUAGCUCUGGAGAGACUCUUGGAGCAGACAGUGACCUGAGCAGCACAGCAGGAGACGGCCUCGGUGGGAGGAUUGCUCCUCAUUUAAAUCAGUCCAGAGGGACUCUGUCUGACAGCGAGAUCGAAACUAAUCCAGCCACAAGCACAGUGUUUGGAAAGACCCACACUCUGAAACCAGGGGCAAAAGAUCAUGCACAUGCUAUGACUAAAGCGCCGCCUGCACAGCCGAUGGAGGACAUCAGUAUGAGGAUUUACCUCUUUGAAGGCCUGCUGGGCCGAGAUAAGAGCUCCGUUUGGGAUCAACUAGAGGAUGCUGCCAUGGAAACCUUUUCUCUAAGUAAGGAGCGCUCCACACUUUGGGACCAGCUGCAGUUCUGGGAGGAUGCGUAUCUUGACGCUGUGAUGUUGGAGCGUGAGGGCAUGGGAAUGGACCAGGGACCUCAGGAGAUGAUUGAAAGAUACUUGUCACUUGGCGACCAUGACCGCAAGCGUCUGGAGGAUGAUGAAGACAGACUCCUGGCCACCCUGCUGCACAACAUGAUUGCAUACAUGCUAAUGAUUAAACUGAACAAAAACGACAUAAAGAAGAAAGUGAGGCGUUUGAUGGGGAAGUCGCAUAUCGGCCUCACAUACAGCCAAGAGAUCAACGAGUUACUGGACAAACUGACCAACAUGAACGGCCGUGAGCUGCAGAUCCGGCCCAGUGGAAGCCGCCACAUCAAGAAGCAAACAUUUGUUGUACAUGCUGGCACUGAUACCACAGGAGACAUCUUUUUCAUGGAGGUCUGUGAUGACUGUAUUGUCCUGCGCAGCAACAUUGGCACUGUGUACGAGCGUUGGUGGUACGAGAAGCUCAUUAACAUGACUUACUGCCCCAAGACCAAGGUGCUGUGUCUCUGGAGACGCAACGGCCAAGAGACACAGCUCAACAAGUUCUAUACCAAAAAGUGUCGUGAACUCUACUACUGUGUCAAAGACAGUAUGGAAAGAGCUGCAGCAAGACAACAAAGCAUUAAACCAGGUCCAGAGCUGGGUGGAGAGUUCCCUGUCCAGGACAUGAAAACCGGUGAAGGUGGACUCCUGCAGGUCACUCUGGAGGGAAUCAACCUUAAAUUCAUGCACAGCCAGGUUUUCAUAGAGCUGAGUCACAUUAAAAAGUGCAAUACAGUGAAGGGAGUCUUUGUCCUGGAGGAAUUUGUUCCUGAAACUAAAGAAGUGGUGAUCCACAAGUACAAGACGCCCAUGGCACAUCAGAUCUGUUACUCCGUCCUCUGCCUUUUCUCCUACGUGGCAGCAGUGAAGGGGAAGGAGGCGGAAGGAAAACCCAAGAUCUUGUCACCGAGACCCCUUCCAAGCUAGUCCACACUGUGCACCCUCUCCCCCCCCCUUCGGUGUGCCUCUACUUGAAACGGCAUCUCAGCUCCGAAACCACAGACUUCUGACAAUCCCUAACUUUAGUCUAAGCACACAAACCCGCUCCCUACUCUUGUACAUACAAGCCUAAAACCCUUUUUAGCCCCUGUUGUGUAACGUGUUUGGUCUGUGAUGUCAUGUAAAUACUUCCUCAUCGCUGUCGUCCUGAUGAUCAUACCAACUAGUUAAAUGUUUGCCUGCUCUGUAAGGUCAGAGAAACGUCUCCCCUGAGCUCCUCUCCUCUGUCUUCUACUGUUCCAGCUGCCAAGACCCAAAUGUUUGAGCUGAUAGGAGAUGUGAGGGAUUCCCCCGAGGCACAGAGUGCAUGCAGGUCCCGUGCACAGCCUUGAAAAGUCACUAGAGUAGACCGUCCCCACAUAUCUGUCUCCAUCAUCGUUCUGUGAUUCGUGCUUACUGUAAAGUUCCAGUCUGUCCAAGUGGAAACAUCCAGAGACCCUUAAGUAGUGCAGGAGAUCCCAUACUGAAAAAGCUACUGUAUACUGCACCAGAGCACCGCAUGUAAACGCUUCUUUCAAGUGUUUGAACCCUAAAAUAAUGUGAGUGUCCUCUGAUUACUGUUCUAGUUCUACUGUAAAACUUCUCGUCUGUGGUCUGCUGUUAUCAAUGCAUGUUAUUAUGAGGAUGACAAAUAAAUAUUAUAUAUAUAUUUCUAUAUAUAGUAUUUAUUUAAUAUAUACAUAUAUUGACUGUACAUUUCUCUGGAAAAAUAAUGUUACAAAUUGUUGAUUUGCUAGAUGUGCAAUACUUAAGAAGUAGUUAGCCAUUGCCAGAGCCAGGUUUUCUUAAGUGACCCUGCGUCCACAGGGUGAAGAAUGUAAGAAAAGACGUUUGUUUUCUAUAGUUCGUGUUUCUCGAAGUGAAUAUGAUGACUUCAGUUUGACAUGACUGUUCCAAGUUUGUCUUUUGAAAACUGAAUCAUGCGUAGAAGAAACAAAACUGCUGCUGUGUUGCUCUCUGUUGGUGCAAACUCUGGAGCAUUUCUCACUUAGGCCACACCCACAACCUGUGAUGUCACAGCAGGUGGAGCUGCUGUGGUAGAUGUCAUGGGUGGUGUUGUUCAAUAGCUUUCCCAUUUUAAUUCAGCCAUUAAAAGCCAUGUGAAAUGUGUCUUAGCGAUGCUGUCAGUAGAUGUUAGUGCUGUUUCUUCUUCGUACGCUGAAUUUAAAUGUGAAAAAAAGCAAAACAAACCGGACUCACCUGAAUCAACGAGCUGUUACAUUAGUGUGUAGUGUGUGACCACUGGAGGCGCUCUUCUGUGCAUCUCGUCAGACUUUUUGAAGUUGAUGUUAAUGAUAAUCAGCCUUGAAAUGUCUGCCAUUUUUAAACAUUAUUUCACGUUCACAAAGCUGCUGCAAACACAUGUUAUCAGGUGCUUGGACCUCUGCCGGGUAUGUCCUCUAAAUCAUCAUUCUGAUUUGCAGACCAAAAUGUAGGAUUGAAAACUUCUGUUGCUGCUAGUGAUCGAGACAAACAUAAAUCUAACAUAAUAAAUUAAGCUCAGUAAGGUUUAAAUAUGGGGACACAACAUUAAGAUCUGAACUGGUGGUCUUGCAAAUCAGAAUCCCUACAGGGUGAGAAAAUGUCCCAACCUUUAACAUUGCUGUUAUCAUCACGGCUUCUGAUUUCAGUUACUUUCUAGUAAUCACUGACUUAGAGACGCUCUCACCAGCUCUGCUGCUGUUUCCUGGAUUGCGUGAUAAGAUCUUGCUCCUCUUUUCACCAUCAGAGAUGUUUGGGGUUCAGUAACUCCACAGGCUGCUAUCACAUCUGUGCCUGCUAACUGUUAUAAUUUCUCAGCCUGAGAAAGAAACUCAAAAGUUUUUGCCACGAUGUCGAGAUGCAGAGGUGAAAUGUGAAAAUUAAACACUGUUUUGACCAACUAGGAUCAAGUAUUUCACUCAGUCAGGUUACAAGGCGUGGAUAACCCUCCAAGUGGCAGAGACGUUUCUUCACAGGCUGUGGACAUUAACAUUUUUUAAAUCCAGUUUUCAGGUACAUAGUGACGCCUUCUGAUGGCUUUUACCAGAAAUAGUGACUCGUCUUCUGCUGUGCCUCUGUUAAUCUGUGCCUGGAAUAUAAUCUGAAUAUGGUCCUCUCCUUUGUUACCUGAUGUAACAACUCAAUGACAUUUAAAAAAAAACAAAACGAGUGUCAUCAUUUCCAACAGACCAUGAGAAAACGUGAUGACGUACCUAAAAAUAUGGAAAAAAAUAAUAAGGCGUCUAAUUAUUAUAGCCAAUUAACAUUUCUUUAAAUAAAUAAAUUUAACAUCAACUACUUUGACGACAUCCAUAACACAAUCUUCUGUCACCACAAGUCUAACAAUAGUUAUCAUUUAUGAAUCUAAAGUUGGGUUUGAUGAUAUAUCAAAAAUGAUGUUUUACAACAGAAUUGAUUGAUUUUGAAGUGAAACCAAAAGCACCUGAACAUGGUGUCGCUCUUUGGUUUUAAAUGAGAAAAGUGAGGUGGGAAAAACGUUCUGUCACAGCUCGAGUCAUGUCGAAAGUCAGAAUCCUCCGAACUCACAGCAGCAGUUUUUCCUUCUGUGACUGAUCUCUGUCGUGUGAAACUCCUGCAGCUGGUCAUCUGAUCCUCCGGUCUUAAUGUUGUUUCUGUUCUGUGAUAGUAGAGAACGGCUGAAUCUGGUCCUAUUGCUGGCACAUUGACUUUCACAUGAGAGUGUGUACAUGUGUGUGUGCGCGUGUGUGUGGGUUUGUGUGUGUUUAUGUGGUGAUCCGUUUCUCCAGAUCAGCAAUAUACCAGUACAGUUAUUUCACCUUUUGUUUUUUUUAUUCCAACAAGCUUGUAUUUUUAGUGAUUGAACUGUGCAGAGAGAAGUGAUUCAGAAGAUCUCGAUCCAUUAAUAAAUGAAAUGACAGACCUCUGUCUGAAGCAUCUCUGAAGUCAGUUUGUGAUUGGGACAUAGCUCUCUGCUCAAUUUAAAGUUUUUUUUUUACACUGGAUUAUUACAGCUCAUCUCAGUCAUUGUACCAGUCAGCUGCUGUAACGAGAGGGAAAACAUGAAACGAGAUGUCAGGUGGAAGUAUUCCAGUAUUUGAAAAAGAUAUUUAUAGAACAUGUACAGCUUUGGCAAUAUAAUAAAGUUGUCGCAAAUGAA